GUCCAACGAAAAACAUCCUGAUUGAUUAGUAGUAGCAUAAAUGACUAUUUGAAGAUAUACAAUUACCAACAAAGGGGAGGCUGGAAGCAUGACUAAAGUACUGAAUAAACGGGGUAAGUUUAAGAACACUUCUGAUAGCCAGACAGGUAGCCAAGGUAUUGGAGACAGAAAAUUUAAUCCAGAAAUCUUUCCCAAAAAAAUAAAUUAAUCAAUCCAAGAAAUUGGGAUUAUCCGGGACCAUUCAUAAAAUAUUAAAAUAUUAAAAUAGAAAUUAAAAGGCAAACGUUUUCUCAAUCUCCUUUUUUAAUUAUUUAAUUAACCAUUUUUCUUAUACCUACCGGCUACGGUGGCCUUUGUUUCAUCGGAUAUAUUCCUUGAAAGAAAAAAGUUGGCUUUUAUGAGCUUCGUUGGAAUCGAUCUUUUUGCGGUUCAGUGCGAAAUCCGAAUAGUCUCUGGGGCGUUGCUCGGUUUUCAGGUGUUGAAUUUGGGGAUGAAGAACAUACGCUGACUUGUCUGCUUCUGAAUUUGAUGUUUCGAAGCUCUACUGGAUCUGAUAUACUCUGUCCGGAGAGUUGGUGACUCUCUAAUGCUUGGAUUUAUUUGAAACAGUGGAUUUGACCUAAUGAUUUUGCUGUUAAUGUUGUGAGACUGGUUGAAUCUAGAGCUAAGAUGAAGAGAGGGAAAGACGAUGAUAAAAUAUCGGGGCCAAUGUUUCCUAGGCUUAAUGUGAAUAAUCCUGACAAGGGAGGACCAAGAGCUCCUCCAAGGAACAAGAUGGCCCUGUACGAGCAGCUUAGCAUCCCCUCUCAGCGGUUCAAUAAGGGAGUUUCGUCCCCAGGCCCUAAAAACGCUUCCAACACGACCCUACCACCCUCAGUCAGCCAGUAUUCUGGACAUGAAAGAAAUAUGUUUCCUCCAUGGCAUUUGCCACCAUCCACACAUUCAGCUGAGAAAUUACAUGUGCACAGUGCUGAUUCAAAGACUCAUCCAGCACAGUCUGAGUCCCGAAAGAAAACGGAUGAAGAUGAUUUUAGAGUUCCCGUCUUCUUUAAUUCUAAUGCCAGUCAAGGUAUUAGGAAAUUUCAUAAUAAGUCAGAGGGGGGAAUGGUUUCCACCUCAAGUCCAACGUUUCGUAUGCAUCCCGAUAAAGAGGCGAAGUUCACAAGUGGAGAAAAUUUGAGAGAACAGAAGACCUCAAAACAGCAGCUACCUGAGAGAGGAGAAAAAGUUGUUAAUAUUUCCUUGAAUUCACCAUCCAGCAAUAAGAAGAAACACUGUUUUAAACAUUAUGAACCGAGUGAUGGUCCUGCCAAUACUUUUUUCCCGUCACGCAAGAGUGGAAUAAAUCUAAUUCCCAAAAAAGUAGGUGAUUGUAAAGUUGUUACUACCAAUGAUGGUGCUAAUAUAAAUGGGCCUAUUCAGGAUGCGGAAGAUGAGUCUCCGGAAUACCGAACUGGUGGAUUGCUACAAACCGGAAUUGUUGAUAGAGGCAACAGCACUUCCUGUAUGUCCGCAAUAGAGAUAUCUCCUGAUGAUGUUGUUGGGAUGAUUGGUCAAAGUCACUUUUGGAAUGCCAGAAAAAGUAUUAUGAAUCAGCAAAGAGUGUUUGCAGCUCAAGUGUUCGAGUUGCAUAGAUUAAUAAAGGUUCAGAAGCUCUUAGCUGGGUCUCCCAAUCAUGUGCUUGAUGAUGCUUCAGCUUUUUUAGGCAAACCUUUAAACAGUUCUUCCCUGGAAAGGUUGCCAUCCAAGUGUAUUACAAAAGCAACUCAAAAUGUUUCAAACCACAUAAGCAAUUCUGAAUUGCUCCAUCUAAGAAAGGAAUGCUCCACAGAAGAUACUAUGGGUAGAUCGUCAUCUUCUUCUGUGCAAAAUGUUACUCAAACUCCAAUUGAUAAUCCCAUCCCAGGAAGAACACCAUUGGCGGUGGCAAGCAAUGAUCCUAUCGUGGGGCCGUUAUUUUACCGUCACCCCUCGGGGGACCAAUGGUUGAUUCCAGUGAUGACUCCAUCUGAAGGUCUUGUAUACAAACCAUAUCCUGGACCUGGAUUGACAACUGCUGACUGUGGCCCACCAGGGUCCACCCCAGCAAUGGGAAACUUUUUGGCUCCUGCAUAUGGAGUACCAGCUUCUCAAUAUCACUCUCAAGGAAUGAGUGUACCUUUUGCAUCUCCAGCAGGUCAUGGCUAUUUUCCUCCAUAUGCUGUACCAUUAGCUAAUCCCGAUGUCUCGACUUCAGGUGUUGAACAGAUGAACCCAUUUCCUGCGAUGGGCUCUUCAGUUCAUGUAUCAGGUGCAGCGGGCAACUUUAAACCCCAAAGCUCAUGCAACACGCCAAGUCAAAAAGGUGGGGCCGUUUCAGAUAAUGAGCUACGAGCGAGCUGUGCUAGUAGUGCCAGUGAAAGAGCACAGGGAGUGACAGUUAGUGGUCCCACACAAGGAAAUAUCAGUCUUCCUCCAUUUUCCACAUCCCCAGCUGUCAACAUGGACGCAAGUCAACCUCCUAAUACUGCUCAUCCUCCAAGGGUAAUAAGAGUUGUGCCUCACAAUGCUAGAUCUGCAUCUGAAUCUGCUGCUAGGAUCUUUCAAUCUAUACAAAAAGAGAGGAAGCAAUAUGACUCUAGGUAGCUGUUGCAGAUUGGUCAGUUGUGGUCUUGUUCUCUUUGGCUGCAAUGUAUAAUGUAUUAACUAAAUGCUGUGUAGCAGGCAGUUAUUGUAUGCAGAAAAUCAUGAUUUCAUCUACCUUAGGUUUAACGUAAUAUAUCAGCUAGACCUCUCGUUGAGCUAUUAAAAAUAUGUGGCUUGCUCCUUUUGGUUUCACUGAUAUAAUUUGUAAAACAUAAAUGUCAGACAUGCUAAAGGUAAAUGCCCAAAGUUAUAUGGACAAGGGUCCUCAACUCCUAUGGUUCGGGACUUUGGGUAGCGAACACUUUGAGGCGGAUUACCAAGUUUUUUUUAUUGUAGGCGGAUUACCAAGUUAGAAA